AUGUCGCGGCCGAUGACACGCCAUCGCUGCUGGGUCCGGCAGCAGCUGGAAUGGUGGGAGAACUGGCCCGACAGCGUUCACCUCCUCUUCGUGCGGAAGCUCGUCGAGGAACUCUCGGAGCAGUUGGAUGUGGCCCACGAUGCUUCAUCCCGGCACUGCAACGCGGAGCGGCCCCUGGCAGAGAACUGUGCUGCCCAGGAGACCGUGGUGGUAAAGGAUGGCGAACCCGCAGUUGCUGCUCCGCUCUUCCUGCCUUGUGGUACUGCAGGGCACUGCAAAGCAGAGCGGCCCCUGGCAGAGAACUGUGCUGCCCAGGAGGCCGUGGAAGCAACGGAGGGUGCACUACCCGUUGCUGCUCGGCUCUUCCGGCCUAGUGGCACCACACAGAGCAAUGCGAUUCUGUCGGAUACACGAAUCACGGACAUCGGCAAAAGUGGCUCCGACUCUCCCGUAUUGGAGGAGCAUGUGGCGAUGCAGAACAUGCCUGGAACUGCAUCAUUGCAGCUUCCGAUCCCUGCAAACCACGGCAAUGCUGGCGGCGAUCUGCAUGGGGACUGCCCCGUCGCUGCUAUGACACCCGCACACGGACCUGCUGGCACCGCAGAGAGCCCGGAACGGCAACAUGAGACGCGCCCGGGCAGAAAAAGCGGCGGCGGCGACAGUGAAGCCAGCACGAGACUGCCCGACGACGACAGCAGCGAUUCGGACAUCGAUGAAGAGUCGACAGGGGAGGAAUGGGCCCCGUACGACCUCCUCAUGCCGAAUCUGUUGCCGUUCUUGAGCGUCCAGGAGCUGCUGAACUGGCGCCGGCUCUCGCAGCUUACCCGAAGCCCCAAGGCCUUGAUAGCGCACGUGGCCGAGGUGGGCAGCAUGGACAGGCCAGAGAAGAUUGUCGCUUUUGUGGAGCAGAUGAAUCUGGUCGGAAGCAACCCGGAUACACCCUUCGCAGCCGUCUUUGAGGGCGAUGCGGAGCAGCAGAAGUUCUACGAGUGUCGGCGGUGGUGUACAGUGCUGGCAUCCAAGAGAAAAACCCAUUUUGUGCAAAUCCACGUUCAGCGCGUUGUUGGCAAGAACCUACGAAGUCUGCUUCAGCACUGCCGGAGUUCGGAUGUGGCCGUUGCUGAUGCCGCCCUCCUCCUUGUAAUGAACCAUGCUGCUGAGGCCCUCCAUUGUGUGCAGGGACGUAUUGCAAAAACCAUGCUCGGCAUGACAGAAGAACUUGUGGAGUCCAACAUUUCCGCCAACAGGGACAAAAUCCUUUUUUGUCUCCAGAAUCUUGGGAUGGUACUGCGUGCGCUGACGAAGCCUCAGCGUCAGAAGUGGGUUUCCCUUCUUGUCAAACUGUUGAUGGACGAGGACUUUCCCACAGAGCAAGUCAUCUGGCGGUUGAGGCUGCUCUGGCUGGCUGAUGACGAUCCUCUUCGAACCUACUCAGAAGCACAACGCCAGAUGAAGCUUUUCGAGAAGACCAACUCAGAUUGGGAGGUUGACAUUCAGCUUCUCCUACAGAGCAGCUGCAGCUGA